AUCCCAACGACUUGUACUGUUUUGACAUUAUAAAGAGACGUAUUGUGUUUAAUUUCUGGGUAUUUAUUUUUUGUACUGAGUAAAUAAAUAAUUGUGGUCCCAAGAUGACUAUGGCUAUGUUGCAACGAAGAGCUAACGUAAGGCUACCUCCAGAAGUAAACAGGGUGUUAUACAUAAGAAAUUUGCCAUAUAAAAUUACGGCUGAAGAAAUGUACGAUAUUUUUGGCAAAUAUGGCGCUAUUAGACAAAUUAGAGUAGGUAACACUGCCGAAACUAGAGGAACAGCUUUUGUUGUUUAUGAGGAUAUAUUCGAUGCAAAGAAUGCGUGUGAUCAUUUGAGUGGCUUUAAUGUUUGCAACAGAUACUUAGUGGUUUUAUAUUAUCAAAGCAACAAAGCAUUUAAACGGGUUGAUGUAGAUAAGAAGAUGGAAGAGAUAGAUAAGUUGAAGACAAAAUAUAACCUCAACGAGGAAAAGAAAUAAUGACACAAUUCUCUUAGUUUAAUUAACAUACAGAGACAGU